AUGCUUCAAUUGUGCGGUCCUGAUCCUGGUGGUUUUCUUGUGGAUUUUACUCCGUUUUUCACCACUGACACAAUAUGUUUUACAUACAACAUUUUGGCAUGGGCGCAGUUCAUUGAUAAACAACAUAAUAUUAUUGUUGUGACUAUUCGUUCUGAUACUGCAAAUGAGAUGAGAGGAAGAAAAGAUAAAUUGAUUAUGUAUUGUGAGAGAGGAGGAAAGCACAAGAACAAGAAUGUGAUUGAAGGUAACUAUACUAUGAAAGUGAAAUGCUCAUUUAAAUUGAGAUAUGUGCCAAGUGAAAGCAAUCAGAAGGUUACAAUUAAGUGUGGAUUUCAUAAUCAUAUACUAGCUAAGGACUUAGAUGAACAUGACGUUUUAGGUCAUUUAAAAGAUUAUGAAAGAAAGUUUGUGACUGAUAUGAAGAAAUACAAUAUGGCUCCCGGAUACAUAGUUGUUGCUUAG